CCGGCGGGAAAACGGCUCGUCCGCGUCUCGGCACACGCCCACAGUUGUCAUUCCGGCGGCCGUGAGUAGCUCGCAGAGCCAGAUCGGUCUGUUUCAGGUGGCUCCGGGCUCUCAGUGAAGUGGAUGCCUGGCGCUCAGUUGGAGAGGAAGAUCCCCUUUCACCAGGGGCCGAGUGGGUGCCUCCGCUGCUGCUGCUGCUGGUGGAGACUGCCGAGCCUUCUCCCGAGGAAGGGUCAUUCUGUUAUUUCUGACCAAACCCUCGAAGUCUGAGAGUGCAGAAGGCUGUUGCUGAGAGGGGACUUCAGGGAGCAGUGGCAGAGCUCAGGGAGGGGAGCAGAGGAUGACUCAGCAGGGAGCUGUUCUUCAGGGUUACAAUAAUGAACUAGUGAAAUGCAUUGAAGACUUACGUAUGCAAAAAGAAGAGCUGAACAAACAAAUCCAGCAAGCAGAAGAAGAAAAAAGUAAACUCCAGCAUAAAAUCCAAGUCCUGAGUGAACAACUGGAGUGUGUAUGUGAAAACCUGGCCCAAAAGGUAGCUUCAUGGAAUGAGCUUGAAAAAAUUCUUGCUGAAACUGAAGCUGCUUACAUGAAGAUUUUGGAUAGUUCUAGAACUUUACUUAAUGUUCUGAAGAAGGAAGUGGGAAGCUUAAAGCAUACGCCAGAACUGAAAACCAAUGUAACAUGAAACGGUCAAAUGUUUGGACUCCACGGUGCUAAAAUUCCACUAGAUUCAAGUCGUUCAAAAACCCACGGCCAAGGGAAAAAUACAGAUGCCCAAGUUCCGCUGAAGCCUGUGAGCCUGUAAGUGGUUUGUAUUUGCUGUGUAGUACACCAAGUUCCUGGUCAAAUGCUGUCUAAUCCUUCAGUCAAGCUGCAAGUUUAGUGGCUCUCCUUAGUAGUUUAAAUGACUUGCAACAAGUGUUCCUUGUUCAAUUUGGAAUGUACUUUCGGUUUUUUUGUUUGUUUUUUUAAUGAAGUAUUCCAUUGAGGCCUCCUGUGGCACUCUGCCACAUACAUUCAUGUUGUGCCUGUGAAUAUAUGGGUUUUCUUAGGGAAUGUCAGAAAGAAACUACCUGUACAGCUGCAAUUCAACUGAAACAAGAUUUGGUUUUAUGCUGUCCUGUUUUUAUUUUUAAAAGUGUUUUAAAAUGCCAAGUAUAUACAUAUAUAUAUUUAUAUGGGAUAUAUAAACAAGUGCUUCCAAUCAAUACAUAACAAAGUACCUUACAGAGAAUGUUAAUAUCUUUAUUCUGCUUGAUAGGCAGUGACACUCAGUAGUAAUCUGCCCCAAGUCAGGGACAGAUCUGAGAAUGGCGGCUUUGCUUUUUCAGCCUCAGCUGAAUGCUCUGACUUGGACUGUUUCCCAGGGAUUCACAUCCUGUUUGACAUAAACCAACCUGAUAAUGCGUUCUCAACCUGUGUGUUGGGGGAAGGGAUAGACAUAACUGACUAGAUGCGUACUUUUUUGCUAUUACUACUUCACAUCACAUGCAGUGUCAUGAUGAUGUUAAAAGUGUUACUCAUUUCCCCAUAGAUAUAUCCAACAUGACAAAGCAUCCCAGCUACAGAGCAGCUGCUCUCACUUUCUAGACCUGCUCUCUCCAAGCCCCUACUCACAGGUGUUUGGGAGCUGACUGUAGUAGAUGGGUCAGAGGAACAGAAAGAUUUUCUAGUGAUAGUUGCUAAUUUUACAAGCCUAACCUUGUUCAGAUAGCUUGUUUUUACAGACUCAGUUGUUCUGUCCCAUUUUACCAGGCUUACUACCUUAUGCUAGUCAGCAUAAGAGCAACAGGUGUUUGUACCAACACACCUGAAGGGUUUUUUAGACAUUGAGACUCCUUGUUGUUUAAAUACAAUGAAGGACCUGAAUUCUAGUCCAUCUGUAACAGCAUAUAGACCAUAUAACAGCAUUCUGACCACAUAGAACAGCAAUAGGCUGUGUGACAACCAUAUUCCACCACAGCUUGUUUUUGGUUAAUGAAAUUGAAGUAGCAUGUCAAGUCAGGAACUGUAGAGAUAUGGCUGGAUAUAGAGCUUUUCUAUAAGGAAAAUAAGUUAGCUCUAUUAAUUCAGAUUAAAAACUACUUUAAUCUUGGAUAGGUGACACCUGCCAGCAGUAUUUUUUUAUUUCAUGUAUCAUAAGAAAUAUAUAUACACAUUUUAAAAAAAUAUAUAAAUAUAGUAAAUAUUAAAAUGUUUACUAUGGAAUGUUCUUGAUAGAAACUAGUAUUUCAGUACUGUCUGCCUUUAAAAAGGACAAUUUAAAUAGGGUGGUCAUUAACAACUUACAUUAGGUUGUGUAUCCUCUGCUUUCAGUAGCUGUCCCCCUGCUUUCUUGCUACUAUGUGAACCCUUGUAGCCCUAUCCUCUGGCCCUUUGCUUACCAUGUUUUUAGUUAUCCCAAGCUGCUGACCAGAAACACACUGUUCUGCCAUGUGGUGGGUUGGAGAUACUUUCAGUAUCUUCAUAUUAUCCACAUAUUCUCCAGACAUAUUCUGGCACACUUGGAAAAAUUAUUUGCAAAGAUAAACAACUUUCAUUCAGUUUGAUAGUGUCACAAAAAUUAUGACAGUGUAAGAAUAUUAUAUGGUGGAGAAACAACAGACACCUGAUCUGAGAGGAGUUUCAUCCUAUGAAAAACCCAUCCUAAAAAGACUUUCAGGUUGAAGUGAUGGAUGGAUGGAGUGUGACAUUCCUGAUACUCUGUGGAGAUUAAAGAACAGAGGUUUGUUAUGUUUGUUGAUGAGAAUAUCCUUGUCUCAGCAAAUGCAGGCUUUGUUUAUAGUCUUCCGUAAGUAAAGGAGGUCUGUAUGGGAUGCUUUAGUUUAAUUAGUAUUAGGCUAUGCACAGAGUUACUUGAGUUUUUUCCAGAAACGAUUGCAUUGUGUUUGAGAAAAUACUGUAACUUGAAAUUAAAAAGAGGAAAAAGAAAUAUAAUAUUGAAGCUUGCAGACUAGUGGUCUCAUGGAGGAAGCCUUUAAAGGUCAGCUAUGUAGUUCUUCAAAGCUCUGAAUACGACCUGUAUUGCAAAAUAAUAAACACAUGCUAAGAUAGAGUGGAGUAUUCUCACAGUAAGGCUACUUGUAAAAAGUUAUCUCAAGACAUCAUAUGUAUUCAGCAGUUUUCUUUGCAGUCCUGCACUAUUUUACUAAUUAAUAUAUUCCCCAGUAAGGUGCGCUAGAGAUAAACGUUCCAGAUGCCUUCAUCUAUGGAGAGGACGGAGAGGCAAUUAAAAGUCUUCAUGCUGUGAAAUCUCGGUACCAACAGUGUCUGCGCAGACUUUUAUAACGUUUAUAAGGAACAAUUGGUUUUCUUGCUGUCUGGGGUGACUGAAUGCAAACAGCUUCUGAAAGAGGACAGUAGCUCAGUUAUUUCCACACUGGCUAUAAUCCUGUUGAUUUGCAUAAAGCUUUCUAUUUUUAUUUACUGAUAGCAAAGUCUUGGUGACAAACUGGCUCCUCCAGACCAGACAAAUUGUAUUUUGUUUAAUUAGCACGCAUCAUUUAGUCUCUGACAAAGAAAGGGCAAACUUCUGAUAAUGUAGUGAAAGAACCUGGGGCAGAGAAGUGUCUGGUACUGGCCUCCAUCAGAGGAGGAAAAACACAAAAGGACAAAAUUGCUGGCCUUAGUUUGAAUUGAGUGGAGCUGCUUGCAGAAGAAACAAGUGAGAGGGCUUUUUUUUUUUUUCCUCUUUUUUUUUUUUUUUUUUUUUUUUUUUUAAAUUGGUUCCCUCCUAUGUCAUUACCAAGCUGAGUAGAGAAAGAAUUUUAUUUCUCUUUAAAGGUGUGAAGAAUAAUAAAUGGGACAAUUUGCUCCAAGAAAAGCUAAAGCUGCCCUGUGGGAGCUCUAUUUUUCCUUCAGAAAAAAUUCCAUCACGCAAAUUCUCAAAGCUGGCAGCCAUUGCAGGUGAAGGAAAAACAACAAAAUGCUGCAUUUGCUUGUCAUUGCAGACCAAUUAUUCUUCCAGUAGUUGCACUCCUCUGUGCAGUUUCUUGGUUGCAUGUGCUACCUGUCCAAAACAUGGAUUUUUUUUUUUUCAGACCUGUUCAGUUUAAAGUACAUUAUUUUAGAUAAGCCUAAUAAAGCAGUGCAUAUUGGUGCUUAUAUAGGUAUGAAAUUUGUCUGUAACUGUUAGUUAAAAGUCCUUUCCCCUGGCUUAGUAUGCCAUUCAUUAUUACACAGAUGUAGCUGGAGUGAAGCUUGGUUCUUGGACAUUAAGAAUACCCUUUUAACUUUGUGCUGAGAUGUAU